AUGCUCCUUCAUAUCCGUGUCUCUUACAUCUCGCUGCCCCUCCCCAAGCAGAUCAUCAUCGACACGUUCUGCCACUGUGGGAUCUCGAGCAAGCUGGACGGAACAGAGAACCACCUGGUGAUGUCUCACCUGCGCGCCAGGAGCACCACCGAUGUCUCCGCGGACAUGUCUCUCGGGGGGACCACAGGCGACAACACGCGCCUGCUCGGUCGGACUCCAGAGGAGGAGGAGGAGGAGGAGGAGGCAAUGCAGGCGGAGGGCGUGCGGGAGGUGGCCGUGGCAACCGACCUGGAGGUGCUGUACCAGGAGACCCCCAACUACCGCGGAGCGGCGGCCGAGGCUGACCGCAUGAUCGAGCCUAGGGAGACGGCUAGGCAUGCCUGGCGAGUGCCAGACUUGGGUGUAGAGCCUGAUGUUAGUGCAAGUGAGGAGGCGGUGACUGAGGGGGGUUAG